GACCCGGCGGUAAAACCCGACGCCGCCGACGCCUCCGACCCCUCGGGUUCCGCCUUUACCCGCGCGGGUCUGCCCGCGCACAUGGUGAACGCCAUGCGCGCCGCGGGCUUGAAGCGCACGACGGAGAUCCAGAGGCUCGCCAUCCCACACCUCGUCGCCGGCGAAGACGUGGUGAUCCUCGCGGAGACCGGGAGCGGGAAAACGUUCGCGUACGCGCUGCCGAUGAUCGCCGCCGUCGGCGCGCCCGGCCGGGGGGGAACGAAGGUUCAGGGCCGGUGCUGCCCGUCGAUGAUCGUGCUCGUGCCGAACGUGGAGCUCGGGCGACAGGUGGCGUACAUGGCGGAGCUCGCGGCGGAGUGGGUCGACACCGGGGAAUACCCGAGACCCGCCGGGUCCAAGCUCGCCGGGGACCAGGAGGUGAUCCCCGAGUUUCGCAGAGCCGAGGUUCUCGUCGCCACGCCCGCAAGGCUCCUCGCCAUGAUGCGAGACGGGUGGGUGCUGCCCGGGCGCAUCGCGCACGUCGUCGUGGACGAGGCUGACGAGAUGCUGUCUCGCGGGUUCGAAAGAGAGGUGGCCGCCGUGCUCGAGACGUGCUACCAGGACGACGGGGUGAACAAGUUCGGGGGUACGGUGCAAUUCUGCUUCGCCGCCGCGACGAUGGCGGAGGAGGGACCCAUCUUAAGCGCCUUUCGCCGGGGACCCGACGGGCUGCGUUGGGUCAGCACCGCGCAUUUCGGCGGGUUGCAUCCGCAGCUGAAACAACGCGUCCGGGAGGUUCACGGCGUGGAGGAUCGCCGCGCCGCGCUCCUGCGCGCGCUCGCCGAGGACAAGACCCACCGCGCGCUCAUCUUCUGUGCCAGCCCCGAGGAGGCGGACGCGUGCGCCGAGCACUGCAACGCGAGCGGCUACGUCGCCAUGAGCUUCCACGGUAAAACCGCGGAUCGCGGCGUCGCGCUGGAUGAGUUUUUCAACGGCGAUUUGCCCGUGCUGGCGUGCACCGACCUCGCCGCGAGGGGGAUCGACUUCCCGGACCUGCACCACGUGGUGCACUACACCCCCGCGGCGGACGCGGCGACGCACCUGCACAGGUGCGGUCGCACGGCGAGAGUCGGUCAGUCUGGA